AUGUCAUCAGCUGAAGAAUUUCCAUCAAUUAGACCAGGAGGUUCAUUAUUACUUGCAUGGCGCAUUAAAGACAAAAAUAUACUUAUUGUAGGUGGUGGUGAAGUGGCAGCAAGUAGAAUUGUAAAGGCCUUAGAAGCUGAUGCAAAAGUAAUUUUAAUUUGUCCAGAAAAAGGUUUAAAUAAAGAAGUUAGAUAUCGUAUUGAGAACAACCAAAUUCAUAAAUGGAUAAACAGAGAAUUUCAAAAUGACGACUUAGAUGAAGAAGGGGGUAUUGAUAUGGUAUUAUCAGCCAUUGAUAAUCCAGAAAGAUCGCGUGAAAUUUGUUUGUUAUGUAGAGAGAAAAAAAUUCCAGUAAAUGUUGCUGAUGUGCCACCUAUGUGUGACUUUUAUUUCAUGGCAGAGCAUCGUGAUGGUCCACUUCAGAUUUCUGUUUCUACAAAUGGGAAAGGUCCUAAAAUGGCAACUAUGAUCCAAUGGACAAUGGAGGAAUUGAAGUUGUUGGACGAAAAUUUAAUUAAUUUGUUAUUACAAUUUUAUGAACAAGACCAUACACCAACUUAUUCAUCAAUAAUUAAACAAUUAUCAAAUAAAGAACAGUUUGAUCAGAAUUUAAAAAGUGACAAAAAAGGAAAGGUUAUUUUAGUGGGGGCAGGACCAGGCGAUCCAGAUCUUUUAACUUUUAAAGCAAGACAAGCAUUACUUGAUGCAGAUUUAGUUAUAACAGAUCGUCUUAUACCAGAAUCUUUAUAUUCAAUGGUUAAAUGUGAAGUAAGAAUGGCUCCUACAAAAAAAUCAGGUGAUGGUGAUAAUGGAGGUGACGGAGAUGAAGGGAAAAAAUCAAGAUCUGCUGAAGCACAAGACCUGCUUCAAAGUUGGUGUUUAAAAGCCUGUAAAGAAGGUAAGAUAGUAGUUAGAUUGAAAAUAGGAGAUCCAUUCUUAUUUAGUCGUGGUGGUGAAGAAGUUUUAUUUUUUAAAGAAAAUGGAUGUGCAGUAGAAGUUAUUGCAGGAAUUAGUAGUGCAUUGUCAGCUCCUAUGGCAGCAAAUGUUCCAGUCACCUACAGAGGUUUAUCAAACCAAGUAACUAUAAUGACUGGACAAGCAGCUCAAGGAAAAUUACCAGAAGUACCUAAUUACAAUCCAAUGUGUACACUUAUUGCUUUAAUGGCAGUUGGUAAAGCUGAAGAGUUGUCUAAAGAAUUAUUGAAUAAAGGAUAUCCAAAAUAUUUAUCAGCCGUUUUUGUUGAAAAUGCUGAUCGACCAAAUCAACGAAUUAUUUAUGCAACAGUUGAAAGUUUGGGAAAAAUUGUAGAAAAAGAAAAUGUCAUUUCACCAUCCACUCUAAUUAUUGGUAGAGUUGUCAAUGCUAUUAUUAAAAACGUAAAUGAAGAAAAUGAUAAUGUAUCAUCACCUACCAUCACCUAG